CUGCUGAGAAUGAAUGAAAACGUACAUAAUCUACAGAUAACUACUAAAACAAUACAUAAUACUUCGUACUUAAAUGUAUCAAAAUCAAAAGGAGUUCCUCAAACCAAAAUAAUUCGUAACUUUCAAACAGACCCUCUGACCAAAGCCGAAACAGAAAAUAUUUCACUCACCGUCAACACUUUUAAGUCCAUUCCAUCGUUCCUAUGUUCCCUAGUUCAUUCACACCCAGCGGCCAUCGUUCUUCUAUUAUUCCGUUCCUAUGUUUAAAAAUUUCAUUUCAUUACCAAACUAAAAUGGAGGACGUACGGGUGAGACGCGUAGUUCAAACAGAAGAUUUGUCCAAUGUUGAAUUUGAAACCAGCGAAGAUGUUGAAGUUAUCCCGACUUUUGAUUCUAUGUCACUACGGGAAGAACUUUUGCGUGGAAUUUAUGCAUACGGUUUUGAGAAACCAUCGGCCAUUCAGCAAAGGUCUAUAAAGCCAAUUGUGAAGGGUAGAGAUGUGAUUGCACAGGCACAGUCUGGCACAGGAAAAACUGCCACAUUCUCCAUCGCUAUUCUUCAGUCCCUGGACACGACAGUGCGCGAGAGCCAAGUUCUUUGUCUGUCCCCAACGCGAGAACUUGCAGUGCAGAUACAGAAGGUGAUUCUCGCCCUUGGAGACUUCAUGAAUGUGCAGUGCCAUGCUUGUAUUGGUGGCACAAAUCUUGGGGAAGACAUUAGAAAAUUGGACUAUGGCCAGCAUGUUGUGUCGGGUACACCAGGGAGAGUGUUUGACAUGAUUCGACGGAGAGUAUUGAGGACUCGAUCCAUUAAGAUGUUGGUACUUGAUGAAGCAGACGAAAUGCUGAACAAGGGAUUUAAAGAACAGAUAUACGAUGUUUAUCGGUAUCUACCACCUGCCACUCAGGUGGUUCUGAUAUCUGCUACACUUCCGCACGAGAUUUUAGAAAUGACCAGCAAAUUCAUGACAGAUCCUAUUAGGAUCCUGGUCAAACGUGAUGAGUUGACUCUAGAAGGUAUUAAGCAGUUCUUUGUGGCAGUGGAGCGUGAAGAAUGGAAAUUUGACACAUUGUGUGACCUAUAUGACACACUUACUAUCACGCAGGCAGUUAUCUUCUGUAACACAAAGCGGAAAGUGGAUUGGCUGACAGAGAAAAUGAGAGAAGCAAACUUCACAGUCAGCUCCAUGCACGGAGACAUGCCACAGAAGGAGCGUGAUACAAUCAUGAAGGAGUUUAGGUCAGGCCAGAGCCGAGUGUUAAUAACGACGGAUGUGUGGGCACGUGGAAUAGAUGUGCAGCAAGUGUCCCUGGUCAUCAAUUACGAUCUACCAAACAACCGAGAGUUGUACAUACACAGGAUUGGUCGAUCAGGACGGUUUGGUAGAAAAGGUGUCGCUAUCAACUUUGUGAAGAGUGAUGACAUCAGGAUUCUCAGAGACAUUGAGCAGUAUUACUCUACUCAAAUUGAUGAAAUGCCCAUGAAUGUUGCUGAUUUGAUAUGAAGGCUGAAGCAUCACCACAAUGGUGUUAAUGUCUUAAUAAUUAUGCCCUACAGGAUUUGUGGCUUUUAUUCCAACACAAUUACUAUUUAAUAAAGUUAUAUACUUUUCAUUUUGUACAGUUUAGUAUGACAUAAAGCGAAAAAUAUGUUUUAUAA